AUGCCUUGGAGAAGUGUCUGCAUUCGCAGAGGUUUGGCUACGGGAUUCGUCAGAAAAGAAGAGAGAAUUAUCCACUUCCUCUUUCGUUGUCUGAUUUUUAUCCCUUCAGAGGAAAAGUGUAGAGAUCCUGAACUGAUGUUUGACUGGUCCGAAUUUCGAAAAGCCAUGGACAGCGCAAGGAUGCACUUCGAACUGCUUCGCCGCAACAUAGUAGUCGGGAACCACUCGAGGGAGCAGGCUAAAAAAGCCUGA